AAAAGCAAUCGCCGACCCGGGUUUAUCAAUCAAUCGGAAUCGAACGUUCGAACGAGGAAGGAGGAUCCUCCAGAAACAGAAACAAACAGAAAGUCCCGCAUUGUCCGUCCGCGUGUGAUCUCGCGUAGAAGGUUAGCAUAGCACCGCGCACUGAUAAUUCCUUUCGUGUUAACUCUCCGAACGAACUAGUGUCGUUGUCGACUCCAAGCCAAUCAGUCUACAACGGUCUGAUGCUUCAAUAGUGUUGGAACGAGGUGAUAAGAAAGGCUAAAAGCAGGCCGUGACUUGGCUUUAGUCGGCGUUCGUCCAUCCCCGGUGAAACAACAGAACAACAAGAAUCCUUGGUGGUGGUGAAUCUCUUGGUGAAAGUUGGUCGAUUGGUGUGAAGGACGACAGUUUGACCUCCUCCCGCCCGCAUCCGGUAAAGCCAUGCAGAUUGUGGGACUGCUGGUGGCACUCCUGUUGGCCCUGUGUCUCGGAACGGUCCGGUGUUGGCCGGUCUCCAAUCCGGAGAUGGUCGACAGUUUGAUCUUCAGCAACCCGGAAGUGGCGGCCCAAUCGAUGCGGGAGAUUCCACAGUGGCACUGUCUGCGGUACUUCAAGCACGAUAUCCACCUGAUGCGGCGCUGUCGUAACUACCGGUUGCAUAUGUUGAGGCGACCGAACGAUAUGAUCUAAGCAGAUGGCGGAGGUGAGAGAGGAGCACUACUCAUGGAGGAAAGAAAUGAAUGCGAAUGGGAAUUAAUUGCGGUAGCGGCUCAAGUGGCAGCCCCCAAGAAGAUUGAUUGUCGUGAUAAAAUACCAAAUGGAAGAUUUAGAAUUAGAUUGCUGCAUUUAGUAGGAAAUUAAAAGCUCUAUACACAAUUAUCUCUAUCAUCAUCGAUGUGUGUGUUGUGUGCGAUACGGCAGAGCGAUUGGAAGAAUACAAUGAACUACAAGUGGGUGUUCACUAAGCCUGUAAUUGUUUAACUUAGUUAAGCACGAACAAAAGUUUGAACGAAGAAUAAUCAGUCAGUGGCAUUCUAUGCUUAAAGAAAUCUGCAGCACCAUAUAUUUAAGUGAAGCAGCCCUCUACAUAUCCGAAUGUUGUAGAAAUAAUUAAAAUUAAAUAUUCUAUUCGGUUCUCCAUGCUACAACGAGAAGGAUUGUUGAUUUUUGUGAUUGAUAUUGAAUAAACGGCAACCAUAUAA